AACAAAUUUGAAAAAGCUGCGGAUUCAAACCCGCUCACACACGGUAACGUAGAGAGGACUGUACUGAAGUUUUAGGAAGAGAAAGUCGUGGCUGACGGAGCAGCAAGCGCCACAGGCAUGUCGUGGGACUUUUGUGUACCUGUGUGCGUGGGUGACUUGGUUAAAACCGGGGGGAUCAACCAGUACGUGGUUCAGGAUGUGGUGUCCCCAAAACAGCUUCCACCCUACAUUAGCAAAUUCAAGGCAGCAUUGCGAAGCCAAGGUCCUUUGUGUAUACUGGAGCACUUUGAUACAGGCUACAGCGUGCUUCAGCACUGCAACUCAGCAGAGCGGGCUGUGAAAGAGGAUGCUUUGGAAUUACUGGUGCAAGUGGUUAGUGGCCUUGCCGCUACGCUCCCCUCGCUUUUUGUCUCCACCUCGGUCUCUGCUGCAGAGCGCAAAGAGAACCUUAAUGCAGUUAAAAUGAGUGUCUACCUGCUCUGCAAGCUAACAGAGACCCUUGAGAGUGAAUCCCACAGACAGAGUAUAAUCACAGCACCUGGGAAGGGAGGUAAAAAAGGCAAAGGUGGUGGAGAAGGAAUUCUGCAAUGGGACUCUGAGAGAGAGACGGUGCUGCAGGCCCUUGUUCAGCUCCUUCAGCUGGAUAUCCGUUCCCUCUGGAACCUCUCCCUUGUAGAGGAAGAGUUCAUCAGUUGUGUGACCUGCUGUUGCUACAAACUAAUUGAGAACCCAACCAUCAGCCAUGUCAAGAGCAAACCCACCAGAGAUGGAAUAAUCCACCUUCUGGGAUUGCUUAUCAAGAAGUACAAUCAUCUCUUGGGAGCAAGUGUGAAGGUGAUCCAGUUGCUGCAACACUUUGAACAGUUGCCAUCCGUGUUUGCUCAGGCAGUGUCAGUGUGGAGCACCGAAUAUGGUGUCAGGGCUAUCAUAGGCGAAGUAAUACGGGAGAUUGGUCAGAAGUCAAGUGAGGAGCUCGCUAGAGAGGGAUCAGGGGUGAAAGCUUUUGCAUCCUUCCUUUUGGAGCUCGGCACUCUGGUGCCUGAGCUAAUGAUGCCCAACAUCAGUGUGCUCAUCACACACCUGGAAGGAGAGAGCAAUGCAAUGCGUAUCGCUGUGUGCGAGGUACUGGGAGAGAUCCUUGUGCGGGUGCUGUAUGGUGACGGGCUGGAUGAAUCUGGUAAAGCUGACCGUGACCGCUUCUUUGACAUACUGCAGGAGCAUCUGCAUGACACUCACUCUCAUGUCAGGGCACGUGUGUUACAGGUCUACACACGUAUCGUCAACAGCAAAGCCCUGCCUCUUUGUAGAUACAGUGAGGUGAUGGAGCUCGCUGUGGGACGAUUGAUGGACAAAUCUAUAAAUGGAGUCAAGAGCGCCAUCCAACUGUUAGCAGCCUUCAUCGCACACAACCCUUAUAGCUGCAAGUUGAGCAGCGCUGAUUUGAAGAACCCACUGGAGAAAGAGACCGCUAAACUCAGAGAUUUGAAGGAAAAACUGGAAGGGAAAGCACCAGUGGCGGUCAUUAAAGCAUCUGAGCUGUGGGCCGCCAUGGAGCCUGAGUUGCUUGUCACUGUCAGGACAGAGCUAGAGCCCACAACUGAAGAUGAGAAGGAAGAGGAAGAGGAGGAGGACAACAGGGAGGAAGAGGAUGAAAGAGCAACUGCAGUGCAGAUAGCUCAGUACCUCCGCAUCAACAAGUACAGGAAUGCGGUGCGUCUUUGUGUAAGAGCCCAUAGCUGCUUCCCCGAGUCUGAGAUGUUCGCUUCUCUGUCUACUCUCAACGCUGAGACUCUGAUGCACACGCUGGCUCUGAUUUUUAAAGGCACCGACGAUGACGCCUCUGAGCUCAGCCAGAACCUGCCGCCAACCCCUCAGAAAGAGGGGGAGGGGGAGGGGGAGAAGGAAGGGGAGGAUGGGGAGUUGAAGAAGCAGGAGAUGUUGGUUCAGUAUUUAAGGGACACAGAAACCUUCGCCUUACAAGUGGAGAGAGCAAUCUCUGUCAUCAACUCCAUGCUCUACUGGAAAACCACUACAGUGGUCCAGGAGGCUGUGCAGUUUUGUGUCACAGUAUGUGAGUUCAGCGUUGCCAACUCAGUCAGUGGGGUGAGGAAAAUGUUACCUCUGGUCUGGUCAACUGAUGCUGCAAUUAAAGACGCUGUGGUUAAUGCCUACAAGAGGCUGUAUCUGAACCCUCAUGGAGACACCAUCAGGAUGAAAGCCCAGACUCUUGUGGACAGCCUGUCUGAACUGAUGAUGGAUGCAUCUCUGGGUACGGUCCAGUGUCUUGAGGAAAUAGUUCAGGAGUUCUUUGGCAGUACAAGCAAUCUCCAGUCCACUGUGGUGCAGGUCUUGUGGGAGAGGUUUACAGGCAAACGAGACACUGAUAACCUUCACAGGCGAGCUGCAGUGUUGCUGCUCGGCAUGGCCACACGGGCAGAGAGGGAGGUGGUCCUCAGUAAUCUGGACACCCUCUGCUCAGUGGCUCUGGGUGAAAAAGUGACUGAAGACUUUCUUCUGGCCAGAGACACAGUCAUCACCAUCUGCAGCAUCACCGACCAUGUCAGGCAAUCAAAAGGUGCUCCCUUCAGACUACCACAGGACCAUCAGCUCUUCACUUGCCUCACACAGGCCCUCGCUGAAGGUGUGGUGAUGGAAGACCCUUACUGGCAGAGCUUCAUGGAACAGGCUGUCCGUCUCAUCUACUUCCUGGCUGAAUCACCUGACCAGCUAUGCUCCCGGCUGAUCCAGCGCAGUGCUCGCCUCUUAAUAGAUCAGGUUGCAGAAGGUGGAGAAGUCAACAAGGAUGCUAGCCAAAUGCAAGAUGUAUCUCAAGAUUCCACCGAGCAAGGUGAACAAGUGAACUGUGUGUGCCUUGCCCAGCUGUUGGCUCUGUGUGGCUGCGUGGCUUUCUGGCAGGUGUCGCACCUUGAGCGCAGUGUGAGCGCAGAGUUGCGGAGGAGGAGAGGAGAGAGGGAGGAGAGGGAGGAGAAGGAAAAAGGCCCGUCCAGCAAAGCAAAGCAAACAGCCAAUGAGAGUACUAUGGAGGAGGAGCUAGGGUUGAUUGGUGCCUCUGCUGAAGACACAGAGGCUGAACUCAUCAGGAAGAUCUGUGAGACUGAAUUACUAGCUGAGGAGAACCAGCUGAGUGCAUUCCUUCCCCUGCUGGUGAGAGUCUGCAGCUCCCCAGGUCGCUAUUCCCACCCACAGCUCACCACAGCUGCCUGUCUGGCUCUCUCUCAGUUCAUGAUGAUAAGCCCAUCAGCCUGUGAAGAAAACAUCCGUCUAAUGUUCACCGUGCUCGAGCGUUCUGCUCUUCCUGUGGUCAGGGCAAAUGCCAUAAUAGCCCUGGGAGACCUCACCGUCCGUUUUCCAAACAUUUUGGAACCUUGGACUCAGAAUCUUUAUGCCAGGCUCAGUGACGAGGUGCCUUCAGUACGACAGACAGCUGUGACGGUUCUAACUCAGCUGGUGCUUAAAGAUGUCCUCAAGGUCAAAGGACAAGUCAGCGAGGUGGCCGUGCUGCUAAUUGACCCUGAGCCUCACAUUACCAGCCUGGCACUGAACUUCUUCAAUGAGCUGGCCUCCAAGGACAAUGCAAUCUACAACCUGCUCCCUGACAUCAUCAGUCGCCUGUCAGACCCAGAGAGAGGCAUGACCUCGGAGGACUUCAACACCAUAAUGAAACAACUCUUCUCCUACAUCACUAAGGAGAGGCAGACCGAGUCUCUGGUGGAGAAACUCUGUCAGCGCUUCAGGACUGCCAAGACGGAGCGUCAGUGGUGUGACUUGGCCACGUCUCUGUCUCUUCUGUCCAUGUGUGAGCGUGGUUUCAAGAGACUGCAGGAGUGCUGGGAGUGUUACAGUGACAAGUUAACUGAGCCUGGAGUCUACCAACCCCUCCUCUCCAUCACCGCCAAGCUCCGCCGCGGGGCCAAACCCCAGUUUAAGGCCCAGGUAGACGAGUUUGAAAAGCGUCUGACUGCUGUUCACACACGUGGCCUGGAGAAUGUUGAGAGUCCAGAGAUGGAUGCGGAGAACCCACAAGAAGGCGGGUCCGCUGAGAAGACCAUCAUGCGUACACCGCAGCCAGCCAGAGGACGGUCAAAGAGAGGUCAAGCAAAGCCUUCAGUUUCUAGUCGAGGAGAUGGCAGUUUCGUGACACCUCAGAGGUCUCGCAAGUCCAAGAAGCCUGUGAUCACCUUCAGCAGUGAUGAAGAGGAGGAUGAAGAGGAUGCCGUCAUGGAGGAAAACGAGACCCCGAAAGUUACCACACCCAUCGCCCGCACGUCCAGACGAGCUCGCCUCAGAAACUGAUCUGUCUUCUGAUUUUCUUUCUUUGUUGUUUCCUUUUAUCUGAAACUUGUAUUUUAACCUAUUUUAACUUUUUAAUUUCUGUAUAUUUUUAAAGAUAUUGGUAACAUUAGUCUGAUGACGUUUAAUGACAGAAUCGAGGUGAUUUUAAUAAACAUGCUCGUUGUUUUGAUAAAAACUCUA